GGUGAGGGGGGCGUCUUCGAGGCGCAGUUAUUGCAUGAUGAAAGGGACAGUGGACUUUACCCCUUCAGCUUCAGCUUCCAUUGAGGCGUUAAUUUGCAGAACAAGGAGCUUCCUUUGUCGGACUUGUAACUAAAGAUGGCCGACCUCCAGGCUAAAUUUGAUACAGCAGCAGCUGAGGUGAAGCAACUGAAGGCGAAGCCGACAGAUGAAGAGAUGCUUCAGGUCUACUCCCUGUUCAAGCAGGCCACUGUGGGUGAUGUCAACACAGCUCGUCCUGGGAUGUUUGAUUUCACGGGGAAAGCUAAAUGGGAUGCCUGGGAGAAGCAGAAAGGCAAGAGCAAAGAGGAUGCCAUGAACGGGUACAUCAACCUGGUGGAGGAGUUAAAGCAAAAGUAUGGAAUCUAAAGUCAGAUAAUAACCACUAACUGGUGGGGCCAACUACCACUGGCUGAGACCACAGCCACUGGUCCUCUCAUCCUGAUGCUGUGAGACACCUUUUAAACUAAGGAGUGUGUCUUUAUACAAUGCAUGUAAAUACCUGGUGGGCCAUUAGUUGUCCCAGUGAGAUUGAAGUGGCCUAAAUAAUCACUGAUGUACGAUCAAAAACUCCACCAGAGUACAGUAAUAUUUUAGUUAAUGUUUUCAAACUAAUAUCUGCACAGAAUCCUGCCAUUUCAAAAUAAAAUAAUUUUUCUCUAAAUGCUUUGUUUUGGUGCAUUGAUUUUCUGAUGUUCUAGUUUCACAUCUAAUCACAUCCUGUGAAAUCAGCAAGUGUUGGUGGACUUUCUGGUCUAACUUUUUUUUCUUUCUGCACACUACCCAUAGGUCUGCAACUCUGCAGACAUAUGGGACAUCUGGGGAAAAACCUGCAAUGCAUUGCAUUACCAUGUUUAAAUGACUAUUGCAGUGGAACUGUGCAUUGAAAAUGAAGUAAAAUAAAACAUGGAAAGAACUGAA